UCCGCACGCUUACUAGAACUGCCUGUCAAGAUUACUUUUUUUUUCUGGUUUAACUGUGGCAAUUAGCGCUUCAGAUGUCCAUACAGCAGCCUAAGAAACCUUUCAAAUGCUCUGUAUGCAAAAAAGGAGCAGCAUGCAACCUCGACAAAUAUUUUUGUGACAUUAAUCUUGCUUAAUGUAUUUUUCAAUGCAGAUUUGUUCUCUUGAGCAUUAGUUCCUAGCUACCUUGAUUCCGCAGAUGACAGCAUUCUUCAUAAAGUCACACAUUCUUUUCUCUACUUCUGUUGAAUAGCCGUAAAACUGGUCCUCUACAACAGCAGUUUAGAGUUUCCAAAAGAAUGAAUUAUGGCAGAAUUCUUCCUCACAUAUAUCCCAUGCCUGAGAGAGACUUUCAGUGUGUCUGAAGAUUUAUGCUUCAAUAUUUAAUGCUGAUGAAAGAUUUGACGCUACAUUUCACACUAAUGUCUUGGUCAAUUCGUCAGGACACUGCCAAUAUCUGCCACCAGGCAUAUUUAAAAGCUCAUGCUACAUAGAUGUGCGCUGGUUUCCAUUUGAUGUUCAGAAAUGUAACCUGAAGUUUGGAUCCUGGACUUACGGAGGCUGGUCCUUGGACUUACAAAUGCAAGAAGCAGAUAUAUCUGGCUAUAUUUCAAAUGGGGAGUGGGAUUUAGUAGGAGUUCCCGGGAAAAGAACAGAGAGUUUUUAUGAAUGUUGUAAAGAACCCUACCCAGAUGUAACAUUCACAGUAACUAUGAGACGUCGGACUCUCUAUUACGGACUCAAUCUUCUUAUUCCUUGUGUACUGAUCUCGGCACUUGCUUUGUUAGUUUUUCUGCUUCCAGCAGACUCGGGAGAAAAGAUCUCACUAGGUAUAACAGUAUUAUUGUCUCUCACUGUCUUCAUGUUACUUGUGGCGGAAAUUAUGCCAGCAACAUCUGAUUCCGUGCCCUUAAUCGCUCAAUAUUUUGCCAGCACUAUGAUUAUUGUUGGUCUUUCUGUUGUUGUCACUGUUAUUGUUCUGCAAUACCAUCAUCACGAUCCAGACGGGGGGAAAAUGCCUAAAUGGACAAGAAUCAUCCUUCUGAACUGGUGUGCUUGGUUUCUGAGGAUGAAAAGACCGGGGGAAGACAAAGUGCGUCCUGCCUGUCAACAUAAGCAGCGGCGAUGUAGCCUGACGAGUGUGGAGAUGAACACUAUGAGUGGACAGCAAUCCAGUAACGGGAAUAUGCUCUACAUUGGGUUUAGGGGGCUGGAAGGGGUUCACUGCACACCCACCACCGAUUCAGGGGUGAUCUGCGGGAGGAUGACCUGCUCACCAACAGACGAAGAAAACCUGCUGCACAGCGGUCACCCCUCUGAAGGCGAUCCAGAUUUGGCCAAGAUCUUGGAAGAGGUCAGGUACAUUGCAAACCGAUUCAGAGACCAGGAUGAAGAAGCAGCCGUUUGUAACGAAUGGAAGUUUGCAGCCUCUGUAGUGGAUCGGCUCUGCUUGAUGGCUUUUUCAGUCUUCACAAUCAUUUGUACAAUUGGUAUUUUAAUGUCGGCACCAAACUUUGUAGAGGCCGUAUCUAAAGAUUUUGCUUAACUCCCAAAGUACGUUCUGAAUCUCUGAAGUCUGAUAUGUAGCAAAUAAGAGCGUGGUUUUUGUUUGAUCACCUGUUUCUAAUGAGUACCCUGGUUCUCACUGUCCGCUUUCUUUUGCCCCCUCUCUGGUCUCAAGUUCCUUUCGGAAGAGUGGCCCAUUUCAGAAGGAAAGCCAAGGAUUUCUUGCUGAGCUGCCUGCACGCAGCUCCUCUGCGCACUCUUUGGUGGGAGGUGCAGCGUGGCUGCCAGGCCCCUCAGAACAGCCGGGCAUUGCACCGCCGUCUCUUACACAUUUUUGAACUUAAAAAAAACAGGUAGGCAAUGCCAGAGAUGUCACUUCUUCAGACUUUGUUCUAAAAGUUAGAAGGUGGUCCAUCUUAAAUAGAUGAAUAAGUGAUCGUAAACACUUAUAGUUAGGAGAGUAUUAAAUCCAAAUAGAUGGAAGCUCAAACAGCGAAGAGAAAAGGGAGAAACAGGUUGCUUUUCAGUUACUGCUUCUUACUAAGUUGUGGUGCGUAGCUUUCCAGCUUACUCAUAACCCGUCAGACCCUUAACUCCCUCCAGGCAUUUCAUAUAAAGCAUAUGUGACUUUACACCAUUCUGAAUUUUAUCUCAGACACCAGAAAUUUAGAGAUAAUACUGCCCAAAACUUGUCCUUCUAUAUCUUUCUGGAUUUGAUCUAGAAGUUUGACCUAAUUUUUGCAGUGUUUAUUACCUCUUCCUUCUCCCCAGAAAGUAAUUCUUUCAACUGAUGACCCUUUUAAUUAUCAAAAAGAAAACAAAGGAUUUAUGAUGUCUUUACUCUCACUGAUUUUUUUUUUAAAAAAAAAAGUACACAAAAAAAAGUGUCUCUACUGUUAAUCAGAUUCCAGUGUGGGAAAAGUAAUUCAAUGUCUUAAGCAUAAAUGAAGAAUCUAAGGAAAAAGAAGAAUCUAAACCAAAAAGAAGCCAUUAAAUCCUGAGAUCAUGGUUUUAAUUUAAAGACUAAAUGUUUGAUCUGUUGUAUGCUUAGCCUUUUAUAGAUCUCCUUCUGUGGAGUCACCAUAACAUGCCUUUACCAGAAAAACGCAUCUUUUCUGCUCAGUUUAUCAUCUGAAGAGUAUUAAUGAACACUAAAGAUUUAUUGUGUCUGAUAUAAGCUAUGAACUGAAUAUAUAUUUAUAUAUACACACUACAUAUACAUCCAAGGAAAGGUUAAGACUUACAGAUUCUCUUAAGGCUAGACAGACAUUUGCAAAGGCAAAACUAAUAGUUCAUCAUUUAAUGUUAUGUCUGAUUUUGAAAUUCUCCUGUCAGAAUACGCUUAGCAUUCACAUAACCGAUGUCUUAAUGAAAGACGCUGAGGUAAGAAUUCCUGGAACCUGGAACUCUGUGUGCACAAAUCAGCCAAGAAUCAGCCUCUCGCUGGCACACCAGUAUUCCUGAUCAGUGAUCACUGCUAAAAGAUGUGAAGGAAGAUCGCUUUAGCACUGACUGCUUGCUUUAUGCUGCAGAAUCCCAACUUUCUGGCUGAGGUUUUCAGAGACACAAAUGGAGGCCUUUUGUUGUGCUGUGUUUUUACUGUGAAAUAAACUCAAGGCCUCAGUUUCUUUCUUAAAUAGGAUUAAAAUAAAGCGACUGAAAUGCUUAUUCUGCCUACGUAACAAUUUCCUUUUCAGAGUCUGUAAUUUCAUGUAAACCAUGCCCAAAGUCACCCUGGGUAUGGUCCAUCACCCGAGUGAACACCUUGCUCAAGCACUUUCAUUCCAGAGAAAAGGGCAGGAUGAGUGAAAGGAGGGCAGGAUAUUUCUCACAGUUUUUGAGUUGUGUCUUCCCGAGUGUUCAUUCAGAAUCUCACUGUGUGGACAUGAGCAAAGGAUUUAAAUCCUUCUUGAAAGUUAAUCUUGAAACUGUGUCUCAGAGUUACCUGUGAAGAAGUUGCAUUUUCAGGAACAAUUACUAAUAAUCAGCCACGCAAUAAUUCCUGCAAAUAGUUUCUAGUUUGUAGAUUGCAUAUGAAUAGGAAACUAGGAGUCCAAAAUCUGAAAUGUGAGUUUUGCUCAUUUGUGAAUAAUUACACACAUCACAUGGCAUGUGCUGCUCUUCUGAGUAAUGUUUCUAGACUAGGCUUCCUGAUGAGAAUGUUGAUUUGCAUUGGUAUUUUUACCUUUGGCAAGUAUCCCUAAGUAGUUAGGUAGAGUGUUCCAUUUAAUCUUUGUAAAGUUCUGGGUUUUCUCUUGGAGAAGAAUUUUUCAAGAAGACGUGGUGACCUUUUGGGACUACCUUGUACAACGGGACACAACUAUUGCAUUCAUACUACGCGGUGCAUGUAACAUGGGAAGCAUGAGAGUACCCCCUCUUUCCACCAGAAUCUACUUACAGUAUUUGUAGAAAUCAUCUUGCUAAAUACAGGAGUUCUUUACAGAAGGAUGGACGGAGCAAUUUACAAUUUGACUGUAAACUUCGUUAUCAUUGACAGAUGUCUAUGCUUAAAAAACUGGAGACUGGUAUUUGGCCUUGAGUGAAACCCUGCCGCAGCGUGCCACUGAGCUUGUAAUCCUGUCAGCAAAUACCAGGUGUUACACAAAGUAGCUAUAAGACACCAGCAUCAUGCCUACACUACUGCCUUUAUCCUUGGCAGGAUUAACAAAAAUGCACCGAGGGAACAAGCGUAUCCUAAUUUUCCUGCUGUGAACACAACCUGUAAAUGCUAGUAAUAAGAUUAUUAUAAAUUUUAAAUACAACAGUGACAACCUCUCAGUUAUGUUAUUUUGCAUCUAUGAGUUAAAAUUUCCUAUGACUAAGCUGAGCAAAAUUAGUCUGUUUCUUGUUAAAUUGUGUGUGUACAAUACAUUUGUGUAUGUGUUAAAGAAUAUUUUGAUUUAAAUGCUGGGAAAAAUAUUUAUUUACAAUCCCGGGCAUAGAGGCAGAAAUGAAAUACUGUGUGCAGUAUGUAUAUACAAUAUUAAAGACUACAUGGUGAUGGUGAGGAUCUGCUACAGUGUUAAGAGUCCAGAGGGAGGAUAAUCGAGUGGUUCACGAGAACUAAGCUAUGACUCGUCUGACAAACUCAAAUGCUAACUCCAGAGCUCAGCUGUCAUGUACAAUACUAUGCGUGAGCAAUGUAUACUACUUUUUCUGGUUUUAUAUUGAAUUAUAUUGAAUAUUUGAAAGACUUUUUAAUAUUUGAAAGAUUUUAUUUAAGUGUCAAUGCCAAAAAAAGUACCAAACAUCAAACUGUAAAAAGUUAAUUUUAAACACAGAUAAAUUAUUUAAACGGUAAUAUUUAAAAUAUUAAAUUAUUUUAUAUAGGAAUUGAUAAUACUACACAAGAUUUUUUUUUUUAAACGUUUCUUUAAAUUCUCUUUAGCUGCAGGAUGUGAUCUCAGUUCACCUGGGACAAUUCAACUUUUCACCUUCUUUAACAAGAAAAGAAGGUAAACCAAAGUCCCUGAUUUUCCUUCCUUUUGUUAGACUAUUUUUUACAUUAAGAAACACUGCAUAAGGGGCAUUAAAAAGAGAUGCUACAUCUGUCAGGUACUGACUGUCAUAUAAGCAAUUCAAUACCUUUUCGGUCCAGUACAAAUAAAAGAUUUAGAUCAAGAGACUUUUGACUCAUUCUCAUUUUGCUGAGAUGGAAAUAAACUCGAGCAGCAGAAAACAUGAACUGCCAUAAAAAAGAAAAACGUCUUUGGAUCUAUCAAUCGGGAAGGACAAAGCUCAUUGAUAAUUAAAAAUGCAUCCAUAUCCUCCUAGCAAACCAGUCCUAUACCAAACACCUAUUCUUACAGAAAUGAUCAGAGGUAACCAAGUAGAACGGAUACCAGGGAAGUUUUGAACUGCCCUCAAUGCCAGUAUUAAUUUAACUUCUUGAAGUUUAUACAGAAGAGAGAAAUGAGAGAAAAAAAAUUCCAUACCAGCUGAAUAAACUGUUACUUUUGCCAGCAGCAAAUUUUGGGUUUUGCCUACUGGUGACAAAAUAUCUACUCAGCAGAAAAGCCCCCGGAUGGGGGAAAAAAACCCAUGUCAGCAUGCUUUUUUUUGCAGAGAGAUGAAGUGUGGUCAGACAGGUUUAGCACUGCACACAUCAGGCAGUUUCUCAGCACUGUGUAUCAACCUAUAAUCACACACACUGCCUCUUGGAAGCAUUUGGGACCCCGGAUUACAAUGGGGCUGCUGUCUGCUCCCAAUCUCAGGCAUCUGGGUGGUUAAUAUGGAGAUCGAAAGCUGCAGUGGUUUAGGAUUUUAUACACGUGCAGAUCCAAUGUCAUUGCCCUGUGGGUGGCAACGUCGAUCAGAGCACUAGGUCCUGGGACUAUAGACUAUAAUGGUAUCAACCAUCCAGUUUGAAUCCUAUAAGAACAAUCAGAAUAAAUUUCCUCUCCAACAAAACUGAUUUGUUAGCCUAAUCCCAUGAUAAUAAAAUAUCAUUUAAUCUGCGAACAGAAUCUGCACAUUACAGCAAAUCUAACCUG